AUGGCACCAAAAAAAUGUACUAUUGCAUGUGUAUUUUGUUUGAGUACGCAAUACAAAAAUCCAAGCAUCUCUUUACACUCGUUCCCCAAAGAUCAAUCCCGGCAAUCUUUGUGGCUUACAGCUUGUGGUUUAACUGAAGAUGAUUAUAAGCCUUCUAGAAAACUAUGUUCACAACAUUUCGACCAAGAUUGCUUUAAAACUGGGACUACUUUGAACAUUUUAAAACCGAAUUCAGUUCCCACAAAGUUUAACAAACAUUCAAAAGAAUUUUUUAUAUCAACGAGCUUUCGUAAGGAUAUGGCAGAGAUGUCUUCUCCCGAGGUGAUUUAUCAAAUUGACGAUCAGGCUGUUUCAACUGUGAAAUUUGAAACCGUUUCAAACUAUGAAAUUGAAACCGCUUACAACUGUGAAAUAGAAACCGCUUACAACUGUGAAAUGGAAACCGUUUCAAACUAUGAAAUGGAAACUGUUUCAAACUAUGAAAUAGAAUCCGUUUCAAACUGUGAAAUGGAAACCGCUUACAACUGUGAAACUUCCCAAAUGUAUGGUACGUCGUAA